AUGCUGAGGAGGUUGAGAAGAGGAUUGUGGAACUACCGCAGCGUCGCCCUGAUUAUCCUGACGCCACUGCUGCUGCUUCCUCUUCCUCUUGUCAUCGGGACAAAGGAGUCAGAAUGUGCCUUUGUGUUGCUGCUGAUGGCGACAUACUGGGUGACAGAGGCGAUUCCUCUGUCCAUGACCGCCAUGUUCCCCGCCAUCCUCUUCCCCAUGUUUGGCAUCAUGAAGUCUUCAGACGUGGCGAAGGAGUACUUUAAAGACUUCCACUUCUUGCUGGUGGGCGUCAUCUGCCUCGCCACGUCCAUCGAGAAGUGGGGUCUCCACCGCAGAAUCGCCCUGAGGCUCGUCACCACAGUGGGAGUCAACCCUGCACGGUUGAUGCUGGGCUUCAUGUCCGGCUGUGCAUUCCUCUCCAUGUGGGUCCACAACACCUCGGCUGUUACCAUGGUGAUGCCCAUUGUGGAGGCUGUUCUCCAGCAGCUCCUGAAGGUCAAGGAUGGAGGGUGUGCUGGUGAAGACAACCCCAACCUGCAGCUGGACGAAACUGACGGCCAUUUUGAAAAGAUGAAAGAAAUUAUGAGUGACAGGAGGCAUACAGAUGUUUCCGAAGAGACCUUCACUUGCGUUCAGAUGCAGACAGGGUCACAGCCUGCUGCAGCUCAGGUUGCUGUGCCUGAGCCUGCAGCUCCCAGCAGGAGUAAACAGGACCUGAUGGUGUGUAAAGCCAUGUGCAUCAGCGUCGCCUACUCCUCCAACAUCGGAGGCAUCGCCACGCUGCCCGGCACCUCGCCUAACCUCAUCUUCUCCGAGUACCUCAACCAGAUUUACCCAAACUGUAACUGCAUUAACUUUGGGAACUGGCUGCUGUUGUGCCUGCCCAUCAGUGUCAUCAUGCUGCUGCUGACAUGGAUCUGGCUGUAUUGGCUUUUCAUCGGCUCGGAUUUCAGGUUCCUGUGGAGACGUGGAGGAGAGCAGUGUGACAAAGAGAAAGCAGCAAGAGAAGUCAUAGAAGAAGAAUACAGGACGCUGGGACCCAUGAGUUCUCAGGAGAUGGUCACCGGGGUGGUUUUCCUGCUGAUGGUGUUGUUGUGGUUGACCAGGUCUCCAGGUUUCAUGCCGGGCUGGACGUCUCUCUUCCCUCAUCACUCAGGUUACAUCACUGACGCCACUGUGGCUCUGCUGCUGGGCCUCCUCUUCUUCAUCAUACCUGCCUACGGACCCUCCAAGAAAUACGAGGCCAUGAUCUCCUGGAAGGAGUUUCAGGCCUCCAUGCCGUGGAAAGUGGCCCUGCUGGUCGGCGGAGGCUUUGCACUCGCUGAAGGCACAAAGGAGUCGGGCCUGUCUCUGUGGGUGGCCGAGCUGCUGACACCUCUGGAUGAUCUGCCAGUGUUGGCCACGAUCACCGUCGCCUGCCUCAUUGUCACCACGGUAACAGAGGUGGCCAGUAACGCCGCCACCAUUACGAUCUUCCUCCCCAUCCUCUCUCCUCUGGCUGAGGCCAUCCACGUCAACCCGCUGUACGUCCUGAUCCCCACCACCCUCUGCACAUCCUUCUCCUUCCUGCUGCCGGUGUCCAACCCGCCCAACGCUGUUGUAUUUGCCUACGGACACAUCAACAUCGUGGACAUGGUGAAGGCGGGGCUUGGCGUCAACGUGAUCGGCGUCCUUACUGCCCUGCUGGCUGUGGCGACAUGGGGUGUUCCAUUAUUCUCCCUGGAUACGUAUCCUGACUGGGCGCCGGUCCUGCCCGGGUUCAACUCCACAGCACCGUGA